GUAGCUACAGCAAGUUUAUAGUGGUCCUACACUACAUCAUCUAAUAAGCUACCUAGCUAGCUUUACGAUAAGUGGGGUUAAAUGACCGAUUUUCAGAAUUAACAACUGGUAAAUAACAUGAUACGACAAAUGCGGUGGAUGAAUGAAAAACAUAAUGAAACCGCCUUCAGAGGCUUACGACUGAAAGUUUAACUUUACAUAGACUGCUCGGCAGCUUGCAAAUUCAAGACAAUAGCUAGCUAACGUUAGCUGGCUUGUAAGGGAAGACUUCGAAGACGGUGAGAGGAAGGUCGUAUACUAAAGAUGAGCUCCCAGCAGUUGCUGAAGUCCGGAGUGCCUUCCUCUGGUUUGGAACAAGCCCAGAUGUCCAACGGGAAUAAUGCAGUCGUUGCGGCAAACCAGUCAAACACAGUGGGGGGAGACGAGAGUAGUAGUGAUGCCGAGCCUGCUCCGCUAGACCACCCGCCCAGCGAGGAUGGGGCCUUGCCUUUCCGCGAUGAAAAACAGGAGAUGGUAGUGGUCCGGCCCUACCCACAGGCACAGGUCCAUGGGCAGCCCCAGCUCCAGCACCUGCCAGUUCAGCCUGGCACACCUGUCACCAUGUCGUCCUCACCAGCCCAGCUCCCCCAGGGCCUGCCCCUCCCCUUCAGUGAGGGACCCAUUAAGGCUGCCUUGAAGACACCCGUGCCCAGUCGCCUCAUUGCCCCCGCACCAGCUGCCAGCCAGGGCCUUGUCACAGUGCCACCCCAGACGCCAGGUCACGUCACUGUCACCGUGGAGAGCAGCACUUCUCCGAGCUCAGCUAUACCAGUGGCUGCCAUCAGCAGCCAGCAGGGCCAUUCGAGUAACCUGCACCAACUGAUGGCGGCCAAUGUGCAGAUCAUUCGGGGCAGUGCACCUGCGCUCCACAUAACGUCCCCUGCAGCACCUCCACACUCCUUCACCACCCAUUUACCCAGAGGAGCAGCUGCAGCAGCUGUGAUAUCCAGCUCCAAAGGGUCUGCGGUUCUGCGGCCCAUCCCAAAUGUGGGUUCCUGCCAACCCUCAGUGCAGCACAUCAUCCACCAGCCCGUUCAGUCCUGCCCCACCAUCACUACGUCCACAACAGUGCCGCCUGCUGUGGUGGCCCCCAUCACAGCCGCCAGGGCCCAGUCCCCUGUCAUCACCAUGGCUGCCACUCACUCGGCAGAGAUUGCACACGGACGUGCAGGGCUGGCCAUCCACCCGCAGUCGGCUGCUAUCAGCAUCCAGCGGCCUCCCCCGUCAUGGGACGCAGCCCCGCGCAUCACCCUGCCCUCACACCCCGCUGUCGGUGCACAGAAGCCCCAGGUGCCCCAUGGCACAGCACAGAAGUCCAUCUUCAGCAGUGUGACUCCUGUUGCUGCAGCGACGGUGGCUCCCAUCUUGGCCACCAGCACAGCACCGGUGACCACCACCACGGUCUCUGUUCCCCACACCCAGAUGACCACCAGCAAUGUUGUCACUGUGACAGUACCCUCUCACUCCUCUCAUGCCACAGCGGUCACCACCUCCACCAUCCCCGUGGCGAAAGUGGUCCCUCAGCCCAUUGCGCACAGCUCUGCACGCAUCCACACUGACUACCCCGGGGACAGGGCCAACCUCAUCUCCAUCUCCGGCCACUGCUCCUCCCCCAACCCUGUCGCCAUGGAGGCCAGGAGUGACAACAGGCAACCGGUGCCCAUGCAGUUCCAGUACAUCCUGCCCACCUACUCGUCCCCUCCGUACCCACUGCCUCAUGCAUAUACCCCCAUCACCAGCUCUGUCUCCACCAUUCGGCAGUACCCAGUGACUCCUCAGGCUCCCAGCUCAGCGAUUCCCAUCCAGGCUGGAGUCAGCGUGGCGUCUGCCGUCCACCUGAACCCCAUGCAGCUGAUGACAGUGGACCGAAUUGGCCUGCAGUCUGCACAGAUGAGCGCACAGGGCAUUCAGCCCGUGACCUUGGGCACCCAGGGGAUUCAGCCAGCGACAGUUGGAGCCCAGGGCCUGCACAUCCCCGCGCCAGUCAGCAUUCAGCAGCAGCAGCAGCAGCCACAGGCAGAGGCAAAGGCACCAUGUAGUCAGAAUGUGGUUCUAGCGGAUGGCUCUACCCUCAUUCCCAACCCUAUCAGCAGCGCCUUCAGCAUCACACAAGCCAUCACCACGGAGAUGCAAUCACACCCACAGAGCAGCAGCAGCACUCCCACGCUGGUGUCCUCACCCAGACCCAGCAUCCUCCGCAAGAAGCCUGCCAAUGAAGGGACUGCCAUGUGGAGAAACCUGAUCCCCGCCCAGCCAAAUGAGGGCACUAGCCCCAGAAUGGACAAUACAUUGAGGAGCAUGUCAGGAUCCCCAAGACCUUCGGGAGUGAAGUUCAAGCCAGACGUCCAAAUUGCUGUUACUUCGACGGUGAUGGCUGCUGUGGAAGCCCUGCCCAGUCAGGGCAGUGAACAGCAGGCUACAGCCUCUCCCGCACAGCAGCCCCCCCAGGCUGAUCCUGCCGUCCUGGCAGAGGUUGCACCCCCCUCCCAGACCACCGCUAUGCUUUCUUCCAUCUCUGCAGCUGUGUCUGUCACCCAGCCCCUCCCUACCUCUUUGUCAGAUGUCUUGGCCCAGCCCACCCAACCAGCAGCUAGUUGCACGGCAGCAUCCAUAAUUGGUUCAACCCUUCAAGAGAUCAAGAUCAAACAAGAGGUGGAGCCUAUGGACACCUCAAAACAAGUGCCAUCUGUGACCCCCAGCACCGCCCCCAUGCUCACUCCUUUGGACAGCUCACUGAAUGCCCCCAGUGGGGACACGAUCCCUGGUGCCUCUCCCAGGAAGAAGCCUCGUAAGCAGCAGCACGUCAUCUCCACUGAGGAGAGCGAGAUGAUGGAGACCAACUGCACCGAUGAGGAGAAGGCCACUGCCAGGACCCCGCUCCCCAGGUCUGAGAAGCACAAGUCCCUUCCCGAGGAAUUUGUUGAUGACGAAGGCAUCCGCUAUGUGCCAGUGCACCCACGCCCCUCCAUCACCAUGCUCCGUCACUACCGCAACCCCUGGAAGGCCGCCUACCACCACUACCAGAGAUACAGUGAUGUCAGGGUCAAAGAGGAGAAGAAGGGCACUCUACAGGACAUGGCCAAUCAGAAGGGGGUGGCGUGCAGAGCUCAGGGAUGGAAGAUUCACCUGUGUGCAGCACAGCUGCUGCAGCUGACGAACUUAGAACAUGACGUGUACAGCCGGCUCAUGAGUCUCCAGGAGGGUCUUAUCCCAAAGAAGAGCCCGGGGGCUGACGACGACCUGCAUUGCAUCGAUGAGCUCAUCCAGGGAAACAUGCAGCGCUGUAAACUGGUGAUGGACCAGGUCACUGAGGCCCGCGACAUCAUGAUGAAGGUGCUGGACCACAGGGACCGAGUCAUUAAGCUCCUUGAUAAGAACGGCGGUACCAAGAAGGGCUUGAGGUUGAAGCUCAAGGACAGGGCCUAGAGGUGGCCCGAACCCAGUCGCCGCUGGCGCCUUGGCGGUUUGGGAUCUUAGGCUGCACGGCACAAUCACUCCACCUGCUUGCAAGUGAACGGACACACAGUCAAAGGAACAGCAGUAAGGAGGUCCAAGUGAAGCUCCAGGGGGAUUCUGAGUGCACCUGCAUACACACAAAGCAAUUAAUGGUUUUUAAGGCACAGCCAACCCUAGGUUACAAAUCUUUGAAACAGGUGACUUUGAAUUCUGACCACAUAGGCCACUGAAAUGCUGUUUGAAUGUUGCAUUUCAAUGGGGAAUUAGAAAAUAAGAUGUGUGUUCCAUUUCAUCCCCUUUUUUUGUUGUUCCUUGCAUUUUUAUUUCAGUGUAGUAGCAGACAGAAGGGCAGGGUGCAGUAUCCUUCCUCCUUUAUUCUUAAGUUGUGGCCUCAUUCAGUAACAUGGCACAGUUGGGCAAAGAGAAUAGAAUCGGCAAGACUUUGUUCCCUUCCAAGGGAGGUAACUGAAAAUGGGCCUAGGCAAAGCUAGAGGACUAAUAUGUCCAUGCAGUGGGAUCUGCAUAAAGACUGCGAUGUGCUGAAAGGCAUCCUGAGUACUCCGUGCACCACGUAAGGUGAACCUGGGGAAUCUUCAUUCGUAGAGUGGUACACUGUGCACCUUUGUUCUGUGACACAUCAGGUGGACCUCAGUCAGCAGCAUGUGUUCUGUCAUAGUCCUCAGUGCUGUGGCACCAUUCUUUUUUACACAUAUAUAGCUAACAUUUAAUUAUAAAACAGAAUUAUGAGAGUUCAAGACUUGGGAACAGCUUUGAAUUCCAGUGUCCUUUCAGUAACUGUAGAUGAGAAACAGAUAUGAAAGCAUUGUACCACUGGGAAGAUUAUAUAUUUUUUGCAACAAAUUUUUCAACAAAGUCUUCAGUUUCUCCUCUCUUCCUCUUUGAUUUCCAAAAAGGCAUUUUUGGUGAAGUAUUGUUCUAAUAUGGCCCAUGCCACUUUUUUUGAACGUUAAGUGGCUUUCAGACACUCAUUUCCUCUGUUCAAGGCCCUAAUCAACACAUUAACAUAUUACCCUGGUGGGCUGAAUGACAACCGUCAAAGUGAACUUAAGACUUUUUCUUUAAAGGUAUGCCUUAUUUCUGGAAACAAUUGGUAUGGGCAGACUUGAAAAUAAAACUGAUAUUUGUUUUUAUAUAUUAAAAAAGUGUUGGCCAGUCGAUGCCUAUGUUACCUGUUUUCCCACAGCAGAGAAUGUCAUCACUGCCAGCAUUGUAAAUGGGCCUGCCCUGAGCUGAUUACAGCACCUCACACUGUGAUGGUCUGAAUGUUGCACUAACAAUUGCACAUACAAGCAUGUCAUGAUAAAUCCAGAGCCAUACCAUGAACACCAGCAUGUUCGUUGAAUCUUGUGAUAUAUGUUGUCUGACUGUUUCAUAACCUUUGUGUGCAAGUGAGAGGGGGUUGGGUCAUGUCAUUGAGUUUCACAGUUGUCUCUUAAGUGUUUUCUUUAACAGAAGGCGGGUGUGUUUCCCGCCACUGGUGAGCAUG